GAAAUUAUACCAAAGCGCCGCGUGAUUGGUAUUUCAGACACGCAAGUCCGACGAGGAGGAGCCCCCUUCUUAUCUUCUCCGAUUUACAUACGAUAAUGGUGGUCGAAAGGAUUGUUGGUGCCACUCUAUAUUCUUUGAUUUUGUUAUUGGCUCUUCUUCAAGUAGAAGCUGUUCAUGGACGACCUUUCCUACUCUCUGUCCCCAGACCUUCGCCGGAACAUGCUGCCGCCUUUGCUCGGUGGUUAGUUUCCCAGAGUUCGUGGGGUGUCCUCAAUACAAUUGCAAGUGAUUUAGGAGGAGCUCCUUUUGGGAAUGUUGUAUCGUUUAGCGAUGGACCACCUGACAAAAGUAGCGGAACUCCAUACUUCUAUUUAACAACCCUUGAUCCCACUGCAGAUUAUGGAUUGAAAGACUCGAGGUCGUCCUUCACGAUCAGUGAAUAUCCCCUUGGAACUUGUGGGAAUAAAGAUCCCGAAAAUCCUACAUGCUCUAAAAUCACGCUUACAGGAAAGUUCAAAUUGCUUGAUGGAAAUCCAGAGGAAACCCAAUUUGCUCAAACUGCAUUGUUCACAAAGCACCCUGAGAUGACAGGCUGGCCAGAGAAUCACAAUUUCCAAAUCUUCAAAUUAGAAAUCGAAGAGAUAUUUCUCAUCAAUUGGUAUGGUGGCCCUAAACCCCUUACAGUUGAUCAGUACCUGCAAAGCCAAAUUCCAAGUUCAAAACCGGACAAAAUGGUUUCUUUCAAACGUUUGAUAUCAACAUCUGUCAACUUCUUGUCAUGGCUGAAUCAAAGCCUUUAAUGCAAGCUAUGGUGUGGAGAUAAUUGGGCUUCUCUCUGUUCAGUGUCUCAACAUGUCUGAUAUGUUUAUUUCCAGUUAUCAUGCAAAUAGAUUUGUGUUAUUGGUACACGUUCAAAUUUGUGCCCUACAGUCCUCGGAAUUUAAGUGCAAAUAAAGCCUUGGCAAAAUGUAUAUACUAAGGAUGAAUAAAAAAUCUGUGAAUUUUACUGCUUGUUUGGUUUCAAUUACAUCAUAAUUCGUGGAGCC